GUACAUAUUUUGGCUAAAAAAAAGAAACAAACAAUUAGUUUAAGCCAAGACGGAGUUGUGCUAGAUUAAAAGCCAAUAGCCAGCAGUAAGGCCUGGCCCAAAACAAAAGAAAUAAUAAAAUUGCAGUUGGAUUUGAAGCGGGCCGCAACAUGUCAAAUCUAUCAGUAGGACAGAUGAUAAUGGACGCACAGCGUAUGGCCAGCCGUGUCAAAGACUUGGAUGCCCUGGGGACGGCUCUGCUGGAGGAGGCGGAGACGAAUCAUCGCCUGGUAGUGAGCCUAAGGGAAUACCAGGACGACAUUGAGACCCUCAAUCGCAUCUCAAACAACAAGACCAACGCGGACAUGGUGAAUCGCAUACAGCAGCAAAACAUCAACAGCUCGGAGAUACUCAAAGAGAAUCGCGAGCUGAAAAUCUGCAUCGAAGACUACGAGCGGGCCAUGGAGCUGAUGAUGCAAAAGUACCGCGAACACACAGUGACCAAGGUGCUGGACAGUAAAAUCAACUUCAAGGAGCUAUACAACGAGCGCCUGUGGCAGGUGAUCCGAGAUCAACGCGAAAAAAUCAACGAAAUGGCCGCCGUCAUGCAGCGGGCGGCCACCGUCGACGAUGAGAUCGUGCAGCGGGAACUGCAGACCAUAUCGCAGCUACGAAUGGAGAACGAAUCAUUGCGGGAAUUGCUGCAGAUCUCCAAGCAAUAUGGUUCGGCCCAGCGACCCAUUCGUGAAAAUGACCACCUGCUCGAGGAGAAGUCAGUGCAAACGGACUGCCUGGCAGACGAUUCGGCCGAUGAUCUGUCCUUAUCGGGUGCUUCGGUGGAGAAUGUAAACAACAAUUCGGUCAUACAACUGUACAGCAGUCCGGAGCCGGCGAAGAAUACAUCCAACAAUAGCAACAGCUCAUUUAACACUGCCCCAGCUCAGAGUCAGCCACAGCUACAGCCUCAGGCACAGGCACAGCCUUCGCCUACAGUAGUGCUGGAAGCCCCAGAGCAACCGGAAACUAAUGAGAAUAACAACGGACCUGCAGCUAAUCCAACCAGUGUGCCAGCCGUAACGACGCCAAAUGAUAUUGGCGAGGAGCAGGCAACUGCAUCGGCUGCUGUCGUUGCCACCAGUGCAACAUGAUAGGUGCUGUAUUGUACAGUCCACCACCAGCCUGGUCGUCAUCAUGUUCGCUCGUCAAUCUCCAUUGUUACUUCAUACGCUAUUCAUUUCGGUCGCUGUGCUGCUGUUGCAUCUUAUGUACCCCACACCUACGCCCCCACACACCCCCGCCCAUUCACACCAGCUCACACAUGCAGUAUAUAUACAAAUAUGUAUGGGAUAACACCUGCAUUAGCUCUUAGCGAUUGAUAAUCUCUAAGUAUUUAUACAAACAUAUUACAAAAUAAUGUCUAUACACGAAUGUAAACAAAGCAAACAUGAAGUUCAUCAUUAAAAUAACAACAAGAACACACCAUACUCGUACUCACACAAACGAAUGUACUCUGUCGAUUUUAUGAUUUCGAAAAUAAAUUCCAUUACAACUGAA